GGAGGUGUUUGGGUUGAGGAAGUGGGAGUCACGUUGCGGGAUGCUGUGGUGAUAUCGUCAUGUUGUUUAUUUACUUCACUAUUUCAAUUCCCAAUAAGAGUUUUGAGACCGAGUCUGGUAAAACUUGGGAGUGAGGGAGAAAGAUAAACUAACACUUGUAUUUCCACCAACACAACCUCUCUUUUUUCUUUUUCUUGUACUUAAUUCCUCCAAUCAAAUAUGCCUGAUUUAUGCUUCAUGGAUCCGUUUUUUCCGCUUCUUUAACAGCGUCCUCUCCAUGAACUUUUCAGCUUUUCUUCUUCACAAACACUCUCUUUUUCUCUCUUUCUUAUCCUCUAAGACUGCUGGAUAGUCUACUACUUCCACUUUUCUUCUUUUUGUCACUAUCAAUCUGAUUUUCUCAUUUCUAGCUGCGAGCUUUUAUUUUUUAUUUUUAGAAAGAAAAAACAAAAGCUGAUAUGGGCAAAGAAUGGUAUUGGGUUAGUGGUAAAUCCUCCAAGAGAGGAGGAGGAGUAGGAGGAGGAGGAGGAGGAGGAGUAGGAGGAGGAGCAAAUAAAGACAGUGGAAGCGCUCCUUCUGGUUGUAUGUGCUCUGUCUUUCAGUUAUUUGAUUUCCAUCAGUUUCAGUUUCCUUCACAACAGCACCAAUCUUCUUUAAAACCGCCCGUCUCUUUUCUUCCCGAGGCGCCUGAGCUUGAGCCUCCUAUUUCUAAAGGUGUGGAAGCACCAAGAAAUAGCUUGGAGUUAGAGGAGCCUUCAUCGCCAACUACAGUAUUAACGGAAGAUGAAAUUUUAAACAUCCCAAUGAGUAUUCAAAUUAAAACAAAUAGAGACAGUACGAGUUCAAAACCGAAUGAUUCAUCCUCAGAAAUCAGCUCUUCCCCAAGUACCAAAACUCCAAAUUUGGUCGCAAGACUCAUGGGUCUUGAUCUUCUUCCCGAUCAAGCCUACUCUCCAAUCUCUUCUUCAUCAAAUCUUGGGACCCCAAAUAAUCCUGUUGGUAAAUCUCAUUUAAACCACCACCUCCGACGACGCCAGCCACUGCAAAGCAAAACAAGCAGCCAUAGAAAUAGUUUGGACGGUGACCAUUUUUCAGGUACACGUUCUUUGCCAGAAACUCCAAGAAUAUCAUCGGCUAGAAGGUCAGAUGUGGAACACCGACUAUCGCUUCAAAUCAACAAAGAGAACUUAAGUCCAGGGGAAGAAAUGAUUCUUUCUCGUAUUUCAUCAUUAAAAAGAAAAGAACUCAAAAUCGAAGAAGAAAAUAGAAGUCCAGGUCAUUAUGCAAGGCAGAUAGUGAAGCAGGUUAAAGAAAGUGUUAGCAGAAAAGUUGGUUUAGACAUUACAAACACAGUAAGAAACAAACAAGAGGUUGUUAACCAAUUGAAGUCCAAGAAAAUGACCAAGAUUUUGACUACAGUUGCUCAAGAUUCAAAAACAGGAAAGCAAACAGCAGCUUCUUGUUCUCCAAGACUGAAAUUCUUGGAAUCCAGACACAAGCCAAUAUCAAAUGUACUAUCCGAUAAGGACCACAAUAAUAUUUCUCAACCAUCGGUUUCAGGAAAUUCACAGGUCAAAAUCAUGUCACAAAAGAGCAAAGCUCCAACAACAAAGCCUAAGUUGCAAGCGGUGCAAGAGCAAGAACAACACCACAGACCUAUCAAGAAGUGCAAGAAAGUGACUGAAGAAAGAUUCGGUCCACCUAAACUCAAGAAACCUCCGCAAACUUCGGAUAUUAUCAGAAACAAGCAAGAAGAACCAUUUGUGAGUCCAACAGUCACCAGACCAAACAUUCCUGACAAGAAAUGCAAGAAAACUCCAUUAUCGAAUGAUCUGCUAAAUAUCACCGUCCCUACCCUUCUUCCAGUCAAGAAAGAUCCUAUGCCUCCAGCCACAAAAAUUCCUCAGAAACCGGCACCAAAAGCUCAAGAAACGAAACGCAGCUCACAGUUAUCUAGUUGUUCGAGCCAUUCGUACAAGCAGCGAGAAGCGAUGCAUGCUACGUUCAAUGCCCUAGACAGUAACAAUAGGGACAGUUUUAACGGUGCAGUUGCUGCUGUUGUAACCACGACCACGACCACCACCACCACCGGAGAUGGAGCAGCAGCAGCAGAAGCAGAAUAUGAGUACAUCACUAGAAUACUAAGACGUACUGGAAUAGACAAAGAUACCCCAGUGUCGUUUACUAGGUGGUUCUCUCCUUCUCAUCCUUUAGACCCUUCAAUCUUUUAUCGUCUUGAAUAUUUCACCACUCUUUCACCUUCUGCUACCACCACCAGUGAAAAGUAUAUUUGUGGUGAACUCACCCUUCGCUGUAAUAGGAAAUUACUGUUUCACCUCAUCGAUGAAAUCUUGGUCGAGAUUCUAAAGCCUUACUUGAACAUGAAGCCUUGGGCUUCCUCAUUAUCCGAGAGGUGUGAUUUUAACAUGCAUGGUUCAAAUUUAAUUGAUCUACUGUGUUCAAAAGUUAGAAGCUUUCCUUGCGCUGAUUGUCGGCUUCUCGAAGACAUUGAUGCUUUAGUAGACAAAGACAUGCCUGUUCUGAAAGGCCAGACUGAGGUGGCAUUUGGUGAAGAAGGCGAAGGGAUUGUAAAUGAGAUUGAGAAGGAUCUGUUAGAAACGUUAAUACAUGAAACGGCCGUGAUUUUUUACGGUGGUGGAAAUGGAAAGUAGUAAAAAAAUUGAACGGCAUGACGUUUUAAUUGAAAAAGAGACACGGAGCAGAAGGAUCACAUGGGGGUGUUAUUCACGUGAUGAGAUGCUAUUCGUUGGAGGUUGUUGGUGGGACCCGUGAGAUUGGGACUUGUAAAGGGGUUUGAGUUGUACACGUGGAGAUAGAUAUAAUCGGCCGACAACACUCACUUUUGAUUGGUUCUCAAAAGACAACAAUUGACAGAGGAAUCCAUUUUCCUUUUUCUCUCUCACUCCACUUUUUGUAUAUUAUUAUACAGUAAAUUAACUCUUUUUCUUUUUCUUUUUUAAAAAAUUUUGAAUAGGUUAUUAGGAAAAUAACUGGGUUUUCCUAAUAUAUAAUAAAUUAUGUGGUGUAAUUACUGUUAUUGUUGUGGGUUCUGUUCUAUCGAUAGAGUAUGGACCAUGAUGUGACUUAUGAAUUAAUUUUGUGUCAUUUCUAAA